CAACUGUUGUUACAUCAAUACAUUCUUGUGGGAUGUAGACAGUGGACAUCCUGAUAUCUUUACUUAUUAAUGCAACUACUUUUUCUAGUGCGUCUCUGUCCUCACUUUUCCCGCCCUUUAAUCAACCAAUACCCACCAUAAUCUCCGGCAUUCACCACCACCACCGAUGGCAUCACCGCAACCCCGUAGUAAACUCUCCAAAAGCUUUCAGAGAGUCAUCACCUUCAGAAAACCAACAAAACCCCUCUCAAACAACGGUUUCUGUUUAAACCGUCCAAAAAACUCCGACAAGCAUUUCAUCAAACAAUUGGUGGAUGACGCCGAGACAAAGAAUAGAGCGGCUAUGGCGGCUUUCGUCGCCAAGCUUUUCGCCUCCGUUUCGUCGUUGAAAGCCGCAUACGCUGAGCUACAGGCGGCGCAGUUUCCAUACGAUGGCGAAGGCGUAAAGCGCGCAGAUCAAUCUGUUGUGGAUGAAUUGAAAGAAAUCUCCGAGUUAAAACGGAGUUUCAUGAAGAAACAGAUAGACGCGUCUCCACCUCACGUGACUCUGUUGCUCUCAGAGAUCCAAGAGCAACAGAGUCUCAUAAGAAUGUACCAAGUCACAAUAAGCAAAAUGGAAAAGCAAGCCAAAACAAUGAAUGAAAAGAUCAAUUCGCUUCAGAUAACAUUAUCUGAAGUGAAUUCAUCAAACAGAGUGAUUGAAACAACGCUCGAGUCAGAGCAUUGUUUCCCACUCUUGGAUGGUAUAGAUCUGUCAGAUCUAACCGUAACAAGCUUCACAGAAGUCUUGUACUACGCUUUAGCAUCUGUACAAGACUUCGUGAAGCUCUUGUUACAUGACAUGCAAGUUGCAAGGUGGGAUAUCAAUGCGGCUGUAAGAUCAAUAGACGUCGAUGCAUUGUUCCCAAAACCUAGCUACAAAUGCUUCGCUUUCGAAUCAUACGUAGCUCGGGAGAUUUUCGAAGGAUUCAAUGCUUCCGACGAAGAAGAAGCCGUUCAUUUUAACAUGUUCAAUGAGUUCAAGAAGCUAAAAUCAUUAUCAACUAUGCAUAUAUUAGAACAAAACCCUAGAUCACCAUUCGCCAAGUUCGCACGCGCCAAGUACAUGCGCGUGGUGCAUCCGAAAAUGGAGUAUUCGCUGUUUGGCAACUUGAGUCAACGGAAAACGUUGAACUCGUGGCAGUUUCCGGCGACCGGAUUCUUCGGCGCGUUUGCGGAAAUGGCACGGCGCGUGUGGCUUCUGCGGUGUUUGUUUUUGUCGUUUGAUGAGGAGGUGAGUGUGUUUCGUGUGCGGAAAGGGUGUCGGUUUUCCGACUUAUAUAUGGAAAGUGUGGUGGCGCGUGAUGAUGGUGAGUGGCGCGUGGGGUUUACGGUGGUUCCGGGGUUUAAGAUUGGGAAACAGGUGGUGCAGAGUCAGGUGUAUUUAUCUCCGGCCGGUGAUGAUUCCGGUAGAAAAAGGGGUUAAUGGGGUUUUGACUUUUGGUCAACGGUACAGGUUAUAGGUGAUUAUACAAUUUUUGUAUUAUACAAUAUAAGUUUUUGUUAAAUUUUGUUUAAUAAGAUAUUUUAGUUAUCUGCUG